GGUCGUCUUUAUUUUGCAACGAUCUCUCAAUUCAAGGAAGAAAACAGAGGAGCUCAAGAACAAGAACAUGUCUCUGUUCAGAUCCUCUGUCUUCAAGAUAACAUUUUCUCUAAUCUCUGCUCUGUUCCUUAUGAGCUUCAACGCGGAAGCUGCUGAUCCAACUUACCUAUACCACACAUGUCCGAACACGACGACUUUCACCAGAAACAGCACUUACUUCUCCAAUCUCCGAACCGUUCUCUCGUCGCUCUCGUCCCCAAACGCGAGUUACGAGACCGCUUUCGCAAACGCAACCGCUGGUCAAACCCCUGACACGGCCUACGGUAUCUUCCUCUGCCGCGGCGACGUUUCGGCCGAUGUUUGCCGCGACUGCGUUGUCUUUGCGGUCAACGACACGUUACAGAAGUGCCCUGUCGAGAAAGAGACCGUUAUCUGGUACGAUGAGUGCAUGCUUAGGUACUCUAACCAAAGCAUCGUGGGUACCAUGAGAUUCGGACCAGCAGCUUACUUGUGGAACAGACAAAACAUAACGGAGAAUCAGGUCAACGAGUUUAGUCAAUCUCUGGCUUCUUUGAUGAUCGAUGCUGCAUCGAUGGCGGCUUCGAGUCCAAGAAAGUUUGCGACAAAGAAAGCAAAUUUCACAGUGUUUCAGACAAUUUACAGUCUUGUUCAAUGCACACCAGAUCUAACCAGACUGGACUGUGAGAGUUGUCUCAGACAAGCGAUUAAUCUGCUACCGGAUUGUUGUGACAGACGUAUAGGUGGUCGAGUAAUGGCUUCGAGCUGUAACAUAAGGUAUGAGCUUUACCCGUUUUACAACGAAACCAUCGUGAUGGCUCCUCCACCAACAGUACCUGCUCCACCGCCAAAUAUUUCCUCUGGGUCUUCAGAAAGGAAAAGCAAAAGCUCUGCCGUGACAGUGAUCGCCAUAGUUGUGCCGGUUUCUGUAUCUCUGCUGCUUCUGAUUGGUGCAUAUUGCCUACUAGCAAGAAGAAGAAGAAGAAGCAAGAUGCAGUUGAGAUCUGAACCAGAAAAAAAGGAUGGAGACGAUAUUUCCACAGCAGAAUCGCUGCAGUUUCAGUUUAGAACUAUUGAAGCAGCCACAAAUAAGUUUUCAGACAGUAACAAACUUGGUCAUGGUGGAUUCGGUGAAGUCUUCAUGGGUCGGCUUCCGAGUGGACAAGAAAUUGCAGUAAAGAGACUGUCUCGAGGAUCAACACAAGGAGCUCGAGAGUUCAAGAACGAGGUUGUCUUGGUCGCGAAGCUCCAACACAGAAAUCUUGCAAGGCUACUCGGUUAUUGCUUGGAAGGCGAAGAGAAGAUACUCAUCUAUGAGUUCAUUGCGAACAAAAGCCUCGACUAUUUCCUAUUCGACCCGGAAAAGAGAAGAUAUCUGGACUGGCGGAGAAGAUACAAGAUCAUCGAAGGGAUUGCUCGAGGAGUUCUUUAUCUUCAUCGAGAUUCAAGGCUCAUGAUCAUUCACCGUGAUCUCAAAGUGAGCAACAUUCUUUUAGAUGCGGAUUUCAACCCGAAGAUCUCGGAUUUUGGGAUGGCAAGGAUUUUCGGAAUUGAUCAGACACAAGCCAACACUGGCAGGAUAGUUGGAACAUACGGUUACAUGUCUCCAGAGUACGCAAUACACGGCCAUUACUCUGUAAAAUCUGAUAUAUACAGCUUCGGAGUCUUGAUUCUAGAAAUCAUAAGCGGCAAAAAGAACAGCAGCUUCUACGAAAGAGAUGGAAAUGCAGACUUGGUCUCGUAUGCCUGGAGGCUCUGGGGCGAUAAUUCGCCGCUAGAACUCGUGGAUCCAUCGAUGGGACGGGAUUAUCAGACGAACGAAGUGAUCAGAUGCAUCCAUAUCGGUCUGUUAUGUGUUCAAGACGAUCUUUCAGACAGGCCUACGAUGGAAAACAUUCUUAUCAUGUUGAAUAGCUUCACUGUUACUCUACCGGUUCCACAACAACCGGGGUUUUCGAUCCGAAGAACAAAUGAAUCUGAUCAGCAAUCUAGAGAAUCGGGGUCGGAGAAAUCUACGAGCAAGUCUAUGCCUUGGUCAGUUGAUGAUUCAUCCAUAACUGCUCUUCAUCCUCGUUAGAUCGGUCAGUAAAUCUGUGAGUUCUGUCCGAGCAAGGAUUCAUCAGUUUCUGUAAAACAUUGAGACUUUGGUUGGUUUGAUCUUGUGAUAUCCGUUAUUGCUAUGUGUGUAACUAUCUAAUCUUUUAAAUUUUUCAUAGAAUGUAUCAGAUAUUCUGUUAUAUACCAGCAUACAUGUGUCACCAUGUAUCUAUCAAC